AUGUCGUUGUAUCCAUUUUUCCUUGAAUAUGAACGACCACGUCCUCCGAGGCGUCUGAUGGACCAGCACUUCGGUCUGGGGUUGACGCCCGACGAUUUUCUCACCAUUGUUGUGCCGCAGAUGAACAGAAACUACUGCAGGCCUUGGAGAAAUCUAGCAGCGGCUAACCAGGACACCGGCUCCACUAUCAAGGAAGAGAAAGACAAGUUCCAAGUGAAUUUGGAUGUUCAGCAUUUCGCCCCGGAGGAGAUUUCUGUGAAAACAGCAGAUGGAUUUUUAAUUGUUGAAGCUAAGCAUGAAGAGAGACAGGACGAGCACGGUUUUAUUUCAAGAAGUUUCUCACGAAGGUAUCCUUUGCCAGAGGGUGUUCUAGAUGAUUCUGUGGUUUCUAAGUUGUCUUCGGACGGCGUGUUGUCUAUCACAGCUCCUUUAAAGCCUCCUCCUAAAGCUUCAAGUGAACGCGUCGUGCCAAUCGUACAAACUGGACCCGUGAGGAAGCAGUCAGAAUCUCCUGAGGAGCAAGGAUAA